GAGGGCGGAGGAGGGGCUGGCUGCUUUGUGGCUGUGAUUGAGGCCAGGGAGCUGGGCCAGAGGAGGAGGAGGGCGAGGGCGGCAGGUGCCUGAGAUCAUGGACAAGCUGAAGCGGGUUUUGAGCGGGCGGGACGCCGAGGACCCGGGCCCCUUGGCCGAGGUGGUGGAUGCAUCUUCCUUAAGCUGGAGCACAAGACUGAAAGGCUUCAUUGCUUGUUUUACUCUUGGAGUCCUGUGUUCUAUCCUGGGUACUGGCUUGUUAUGGGUUCCCAGAAAAGGACUACUCUUGUUUGCAGUAUUUUACACAUUGGGAAAUAUCUCAUCCAUUGGAAGCACAGUCUUUCUUAUGGGGCCUAUGAGGCAACUGAAAAGAAUGUUUGAACCUACUCGUUUGAUAGCUACUAUUGUUAUGCUCUUGUGCCUCAUAUUAACUCUAUGUGCAGCUUUCUGGUGGCACAAUAAGGGACUUGCCCUGAUCUUCUGCAUUCUGCAAUUCUUUGCCUUAGCAUGGUACAGUAUUUCCUACAUUCCAUUUGCAAGGGAUGCUGUGAAGAAAUGUUUCACAGUAUGUCUUACAUAACAGGCAAAUAAACAGCUUGGCCAGCAAGAUAAAUUUCAUCUCCUUACACUGAGGACUGGAAGACCUGCACAACCUUAUGACCUUUACGUCUGUACACACCUGGCUUGGAGCAAACUUAUUAAGUUUGCUAAUUAAAUCUGUGAACUACAGGAGAAUACCAAAUAUUGUUCUACCAAGGAUAACAAAUUUUGUGAUGAACCCCAAAAUCAACUACAUUUUUUUUUUUUGCUUGCUUGGUCAAGCUAUUUUGUUGUCUGACACAAAGAUGUAUUUUUCAGAUUAUGCACUUUUGUUAAUGUAAAAUAUAUUAUGACAAUCCCAAAUAGACGGGAGUUGAAGUUCUUGCUUCAGUUUACAUGUUUUUGAUUUAUGGGGUCCAAAGGACAGCUUAAAGGUUGGAUGCUGCUUUUAGCUAAGAACAUGGUAGGUUUACUGGGGUUUUACAACUUUGUAUCUGUUUUUUUGGUGAGAUUUAAAUGUUGGAGCCUGAAAACCUUUGUCUCCUACAACAUAUGUAGCUAUAAUCAUUGAAAGGAAGUAAGUUAAUAUCUUGUAACAAAAAUAGCAAGUUCAGUUUUUAUUGUAAAAUUACUGACUUUGAUGUUGAAUAAUUGUCCAGCAAGCAACAGAAGCAACAACAAGCAGAUACACAUGAGGAAUCAUAAAAGCAAACAAGUGCUCUUCCAUUUCUAAAACUGGUAUACUGUAUUACAUUUGUGGUCUCUUAAAAUGCAGCCUCAGUUUGAAAUAAUGUUGACAGCUCUGCCUUAAUGCUAUGUGUUGCCUUUUGAAUUAUUUCUUGCUGCUCCUGUUUCAUUACAUCCCUCACCACACCCCUCAUUCCUCUUAAUAGUUAGUGAAAUAUGUCUUCACACAGCCUAUAAACAAAAUAUGGUCCAAAUAUGAAAUGUAAUUAAAGGAGAUGUUUCCCCCCAUUUUCUCCUCUUACCACCAUGUACUUUUAAUAUGUGAUUUCUGUUCUCAUGGACAGCACAGCUUAUUGUUGUUCUGAUGCGAUGGAGCCUAUGUCUUGUACUUAAUAUUCUGCUUUCCCAAUAGGACAAUAUCAUGUAAUGAUUUGAAUGGGUACCCUGAAGUUGUAAAUUCCUUUUCUCUGUUGCAAAUUUUGUCAUAGUAAUUUUUUCUGUGUAAUAAGGAUUGAAAUAAGUGUUGUGUAUAUGCAUGCAGACAUACUAAGAAAGUGUUAUUUGAGAACUGUCCUAGAAUAGUCUUUGGAGUAUUUUGAUAAAUGUAUACUUUGCAGGUUUUUUUUAAAGCUAAAAAACCCUAAUCACAUUCUCAGUACUAGUGGCUUGUAGUACAUACUGUCUCUAUUAAUUAUCCCUCCCACUCUGUUCUCUCCCAUUAUUUGAAAGGGACUAGUAGAGUGUAUCUGAGCAUGGAAAUUUCCCUGAAUAACUCAGGAGUACCAGGAUUAAACCUAAUUAAGUGCACACUGGCCUCAGUGUUUCUAGCUGCAUAAUUACCUAAUUGCAUCUUUUAUUGGCUACUAUCAGCUAUUUUUAACCUGAUGGUUUGGGAAGCUUAAUUGUAAUGCUCAUUUUGCCAUGCCAGCAAAUCUAAAGAUUAGAAAAUUAGACAUUUAUGAAUUAUUUUUUUAAAGGUCAGAAUUCAAGUUCUCCUGCCCUGAUGUCAAUAAGAUACCAUAAUUAAAGUUUGUGAGGUUUCAGUUUGGUUUCAGUUCUCAGUGAUUUUACAAUAAGCAGUUAGAAAACUGAAGCCUUGACUUUAUAAUUAUAAAUUAAUUGGUACACCAAUUAAACUUAGGUGUACCGUUUCUGAUCACUAAUAGCAUCCUGAAGACCAGUCUGUGAAUACUCUGUGUAUGGUUACUUCUCACAUGGUGUGAUCUUUAGGAUCAUUACUGUUAUUGGUAGUUAUGUGUUCGGCAGUGAAGAUAUGUAUACAAUAGUUUUAGAAAUGGAGCACACGUGUGUGUUUGAGAGUGUAAAAAAUAGGAUGCUUUUAGUGAUCAGAAAUGGUACAGUAGCCACCCUAUGUCUUCAGGAUGAGUUUUUAAGAUCUAAAAAGAUGAAGGCAAAAGUAUAAAUAUUCAUCAAAGAGCUAUUGUGAAUACUUAUUAUAGUUGCUAACCAGGCCUUAAGAAGGUGAUUAUAGCAGAGAAAGUGGAAUUUUGUCUGUCUGUUUUUCUUAUCUUGCUGCUGCAGUGAUGAAAUAAGCUAGGUGGAGGCUGCUGAAAGGUACAGGUUUUUUUCAGGUCCUGAGCCUGGUAGGCUAAUUUCUAUUGCAAAAAUAUUUAAUGUAUGAAUUAUUGCUGUAGGGAGAGUAAACUCUGUACACUUCUCAGAACUGUUGGAAAUUUCUGGGACACUAAAUUACAAGAGGUAAAGUGUAAACUGUGGAAGUGGAGAGGGACCACGGGGGGGUUUCCUCUGAAAAUUGAAGUACUGAAAUCAUUCUGGGUCUCUAAAGCACCAGCCUUAACCUUUCAUACCAGCUUGCCUUUUACAUCUGAGAAAAUAGUUUCUUCAGAGAGUUUAAAGUAGUUUGAAAGAGGGGUAGUUGCUUGUGUUGUAUACACUGCAUAUCCCAUUUUCACUUCUGGCAAAAUUAUAACUUCUGUAUGUUUUAAAAACUUGCAUAUGUGUUUGGUUGGUAGGAUAGAAAGAGUACAGUAUAAUAUGCAAGCUAAUAAUGAGAAGCAAUGCCUAUCUCAAAUUGCUUUUAGCUCUCUUAAACUGUUGCCUGUCUUCACUGUUACUUGUUGAAGCUGCAGAACAUUGAAGGUUAACAAACAACAACUACUGCAACAAAAGGCUUGGAAUGCCAUGCUAGUUUAUUGAUGAAACUUAAAGGUUUUUUUGGAAAAAGAACUGAAGCAUCCUUGCCUAACUUUUUAUCUAGGUCCUUACUUUAAGAGGAGCAAGAUGCAGUUAUUCCUUUUCACAAAGCCAGUUUUUAGGUUUGGGAUAAUCAGUGUACUCAUUUACAGAAUGUGAAGCUAUAGGAUCAAUAGUUAACUUUUGUACAUUUAACACAUUAAGGCACAGAAGGUAACAAUGCUGUGUCUCUUCUAAAAGAGUGAUUCUUCACCAUGUGCACUGCAAAUACACCAAUGCUUUCUAGUUGCUAUUUUUCUAUUCGAGAUAUGUCUCCAACUUGGAUAGCUUUCAGAUUUUGACACUGCUACAUUAUGGUAAGGUAUAGUUUUUUCCCCAAAAAAUCAUAUUUUUGCUAAAGGCAUUGAAUAUUUGAAAAGUAUUUUUAAAAUGUCUUUGAAUUAUGACUUUAUGAUUAUUUUUUGAGAAGUAGACUGCAUUAAGGGAGCAAAGCAGAGGAUCAGCAUCUUAAUAUGACCAAGUUUUCCAAAGACCUUAAUAAUUUAUUAUCUGAACCUUAACACUAAACAUUUGGUCAGCCUUGGUGUUCUGGGUUAAAACAUUUUUGUAUAUUAUAAAAAGGGCUUGUUUCCGAUUGUCUGACUUUCUUGCCCUUUUGUCACUUUGUGACAAUUAAUCACGCUAUUUUUUGCUACAUUCUGUCACAUAACACUGUUUCAUUGAACUCACUGUUUGUCUUAACUUCAUAUACUCUACUAUCAUAACUUAAGAAUUUUCAGCUGCUGAAUACAAGGCAGUCUCUUUGAGAUGUCCUUUUUUGAAGGGGAACACAAAAAGUGCCUAACUACACUAUGUAACAGUCACAUUGACAGGGAUUUUCAUAGUACAGUUUUGUAUUUUCAGACUGAAUGAAGCUAAAUUUUGUAUGUAUUUCUUUUGCCUAUUGUAUCUUUUUGUACAUGCUUGUAUCACCUGUUUUAAGUAAAACAGCUCUUUGAAUAAACCUUUACAGCACUAUCUGUUCUGUAAUAAAGCUAAUUUCUCAA